AUGGCCGUUGCUGCCGUUAGAUUUGCAAUCUCUGCCGGCACUCUCAACAUUUGGGCACGCUAUUUGCCUCCUUCCUGUACAUAUCCGGCUGGUUUGCUGCCAACGCCCUCGUCUAUACAUGGGCAGCUUCGGCUGUCAGCCAAACGCCUGAGGAGCGCGUGUGCAACAGCAAUCAUCAUUGUCAUGAGUCAACUCGGCAAUAUCUGGAGCCCUUACAUUUUCCGGUCCAAUGAUCCUCCUCGAUACUUGAUGGCCAUGAUACUCGUGAUGGCUUUCUCCGGAAUAAGUAUCCUUGGCUGCAUGCUAAUGAAGGCGGUACUGCGCCGAGACAACAAGAAGCUCAUCGCUCAAUACGAAGGAACAGGUCAGACUCCCACCCUUCACACCAUGUAA